AUGGGCGGGUCGAACCCUGCGCAGUUCGACCUUGACUUCGUGUCCCGUAUGAUACCCGAGGUGGAGCGGGCAGCGCUCCUGGAGGUGGCCACUACCUUGCUUCUGGUUGAAGUGCCCGAAAGGCCGAUUCAAGAGGAGCAUGAUGAAGAAUUUCAGAAGAUGUACCACUCGCUGCUAGAAGGGGAUGUGUCAGAGGGCACUUUGCAAAGUCCCGAGGGCGGACGUCUGUUCCGCCACACCGGUGGGAUCCCCAAUAUGCUGCUGAAUGUGGAAGGCGCCCAGACUUACCUGUGCCAGGUAGCGGUUUUCAUCCUGUGA